AUGUCAAUUGACUCGGAUCAAUUUCCUUCUGAUUGGAAAGCUACAAGGGUUAUUCCAUUGUUUAAGAAAGGUCAGCGGUCCAUGUUGGACAACUAUAGACCGAUAUCAAUCCUUCCUGUAGUAAGUAAACUUAUAGAAAGAAUUAUGUAUGAUCAAAUGUAUGAGUAUCUUAACCAGAAUAAUCUUUUCUCAAAACACCAAUUUGGUUUCAGACCUUAUCAGUCCACAACUACUACAUUAUUGGAUUGUACGAACGAAUGGUAUACCAACAUGGACCGUGGGCUGUAUAACUUAGUUGUUUUUCUUGACCUAAAAAAAGCAUUCGAUACAGUCGACCACGAAAUACUGUUAAGUAAGUUUGAAAUGUAUGGUUUCCAAAGGAAAGUAUUAAAUCUUUUACGUUGCUAUUUGACGCACCGAACUCAAAGUUGUAAAUUGGCCAGUAUACUCUCGGUGGAGAAUGAAAUCAUUUGUGGCAUUCCUCAGGGGAGUAUACUCGGCCCUCUCUUAUUUAUUAUGUAUAUAAAUGAUUUGCCAAGCUGCCUAGAACGCACAACUCCAAGAAUGUUUGCUGAUGAUACUAACUUAACCAGGGGCGUAGGAACCGGGGGGGCCAGGGGGGCCAUGCCCCCCCCCCCAAGUUUUGGCAAGUGCCCUUUUUACAGGAACAAAGUGCCCUUUUUGUGCCUGAAAAAUUUUCAUAAAAUUCGCAGUUUUUGUCCAAACGAAACUUUUGAAAACUGUAAUGUAGGUUUUUUCCCGAAAAAUGUUUUAGUUUCCGAUAAAAAUAUCAUAUAUUUGUUUUUCCGGAAAAAAUUUUUAGUAUUUAAGGAAAAAUAUGGUAUGUCCGGAAAAAUUUUUUGCCCCUAAAAUGGUACACUGACCGAAAUUUUUUUGGCGACGGGGGGGGGGGAGGUCGCCAAAAAAUUUUUUUGAGAUGCCCUUUUUUUUUUUAAAGUGCCCCUCAAAGCCUGGCCCCCCCAACUUUUCUAAGCUUCCUACGCCCCUGAACUUAACGGCAGUAGGCAGAACAAUUGGUGAGGCGGAAGAGAGGGCGAGCGUAGACAUGAGGAAUGUUCAGAAAUGGCUUUGUGCAGAUAAACUAAGUCUAAAUAUAGCGAAAACCGAGUAUGUUUUAAUUGGAACACGACAUAAAAUAAGUAAUAUUGAUACCCAUCAAGGAGUUAAAAUAAAUAAUCAAUUGAUUAAAAAAGUUAAGAAUACCAAAGCUCUUGGAGUUGCAUUAGACGAAAACUUGAGUUCGGUAACCAUAUUAGCAGUAAAAUAUCAUCAAGUAUUGGGGCUAUUAGGAAAAUGAGGGAGUAUGUCGAACAAGACAUUGUGAUAAAAGUUUAUAAUGCCUUAAUCCAACCUUAUUUUGAUUAUUGCUGUGAAGUAUGGGAUAUACUUGAUAAAGGCCUAAGCGAACGUCUACAGAAAUUCCAAAACAGAGCGGCUAGGUUGAUCAUGAACUUAAAAAAUGAACAUGGUCAGUCUAUUUUGGCACGAAAAUCUCUGGGCUGGGUAACACUUGAAGAGCGUAGGGCACAAAUGAAAGCCAGGCUCAUGUAACAUACAAGACAGUUAAUGGUUUAGCCCCCCCAACGACUAUGCGAAGCUUUCCAAAAUCUGAAUACCAUUCAUGACCAUAAUCUGAGAGGUUCUUCAACAAGGUUUUAUAUUCCAAUACCAAAAACGGAAUCCUUAAAAAAAAGCUUCCAAUAUAGUGGGGCUAAACUAUGGAAUCAGAUACCUGAAGAGAUACGCAAUUCGGUAUCGUAUAAUUCGUUCUGUAAAAAGCUAUCUUCCUCGACCUUAAUCUCGACUUAAAGUAGUAGUUAAUUUUUUGUCUAAAUAGGUAUAUAAUUGUAUUUGUUAUGUAUGUAAUAUUAGAGCUAUUGUAAAACCGCUCAAAGAUGAUCUUGCAGCCAUUAAGGCUGAAAAUUCUCGCUCUCGUGUUGAACUAUUAAACAUAAAGAAACAGAAUACAACCCUUUCGCUACAUGCACAUGAACAAUACUCUAAAGAGUAUAAUGUUAGAAUAUCUGGCAUUGAAGAGAUCCGUACAGAAGAUUGUUUUGCAGCGGUUUCAAAUUUUUCGAAACCGAACCCAGUGUCACUGUUAAUGACUGUGAUAUUGAUCGCGUCGAUAGAGUUGGAAGACAAGGUCUUUUUCCUCGCCAAAUGAUUGUUAAAUUCACAAGUUAUCGUGCCAAGGAAAGGGUCGUUAAGAAUCGCAGCAAGCUAAAGGGCAAGAAAGGUUUUUAUGUCAAUGAAGAUCUAACUUCCUUCAAUUUGGAUCUUCUUCGAAAAGCUCGCAUGGCUGGACAUGUUCAACAGACGUGUGCGAGCGACGACAACAUUUUUGUCAAACUAGAAGACGAUUCGAUUCAUGUGGUUCGUUGCCCCGAUGACAUUUUGGCCGUUCAACGAGAGAAAUGA